CAGAGAGAAGUGAGGGGUGAUAGGAGUAGGUUAUAUUGCGCAUGUCUGACCCUGCUAAAUAUGACCGGUACUCCAAGCCAGCAACAUCUCAAGGCAUUUGAUCAAAACAGAGAACAUCAUGGGCGGUUGACCAAAACACCCUGGACUUGUCUGUUGUGAAGAAGACAGAAGGCUACCUAGGCUUUUCUUUAACCCAUCUGCCGCAGUCCCGAAACGCCUGCAGCCAUGGCCGAGGAGGACUACGGCUGCUUCGUGGACUGGACCCAGAUGGGGGACAUGGCCAAAAGCAGCGGGCCCUCCAAACUGGACAUCAAGGACCCCGUGGAGCUCAAGAAGCUGGCCAGGCAGGGGCACUGGGCUAAGAACCACAAGCUUCGCGCCCAGGUGUACCAGCAACUCAUCAAGGACAUUCCUUGUCGCACCGUCACCCCGGAUGCCGAGGUAUACCGCGACCUCAUGGGUGGCGAUACAGGUAAAAAAUCCUCGACCGCCAUCCCGCUGCCGGACUUCGUGGACGGCAGCCCUGUGCCGCCCUACUGCCUCAAGGCGGAUGCUGUGACCUCCGUCCACAGGGUCAUCUCCUGUCUUGCGGGGCAGUUCCCAGAUAUCUCUCACUGCCCGGCGCUUCCCGCCAUGACCGCCCUCCUGCUGCACUACAGUGCCAACGAGGCGCAGUGCUUUGAGCACAUUAGCCGUCUGCUGGCCUGCAACGAACCUGGCCGGCGCUUGAUAGACCAGACCUUCCUGGCCUACGAGUCUAGCUGCUUGACCUUUGGUGACCUGGCCAACAAAUACUGCCCGGCAGCCCACAAGCUAAUUGUGACCACAGCGCAGGACGUGGUGGAGGUAUACUCGGGCUGGCAGCGCUGGGUGCUGGGCGACCUGCCCUUCAGCCACGUGACCCGGGUACUAGAUGUCUUCCUGGUAGAAGGGUACAAGGUGUUGUACCGCAUUGCCCUGGCCCUGCUUAAGUUCUACCGCAAGCAGAAGGCUGGGGCUCAGCCUUUAGAAGGCCAGAAACAAGACUCUGCAGAGGUCAAGGCAGAGAUCCAGGCCUUUGUCAAAGCCAUCGGCUCUAGCGUCACCCCGGACAAGCUGCUGGAGAAGGCCUUCUCCAUCCGCCUUUUCAGCCGCAAAGAGAUCACCCUCCUGCAGCUCACCAAUGAGAAGUCUCUUCAGCAGAAGGGCAUCACUGUGAAACAGAAGAGACGGAAUGUGCAGCUGGCUUUGAACCCGGACACCUUCUCCUCUGAGGUGGUCAGCGCCAAGGAGAUGAGGGACAUCUGGUCCUGGAUCCCUGAACGCUUCGCCCUGUGUGAACCGCAGCUCCUCUUCACCACCUCCACCCAUGGAUGCAGUCUGAACAGGUUCUACGCUCAUGUUGAAGGAAAUGAACCCACUCUGCUACUCCUUCGGACCUGUGAUUCUGAGGUAUGUGGGGCCUUUCUCUCAACCGACUGGGAGGAGCGCAAGCGAGGGGGGAAUAAACUCAGCUUCUUUGGGACCGGAGAAUGUUUCGUCUUCAGACUGAAACCUGAGAUGGAGAGAUAUGAGUGGGUGGUGAUCCGGCACCCGGAGCUGGCCUCCUCCAUCAAGGCCCAGAACGUUGAGGACGAGGCCCCCAGCGACGGCCAGAACCUCCCCGUGGAGAGGUCGUCCGCUGACCUCACCAACCGCCUGUCACCCUUCCUGUCGGCCCGCCACUUCCACCUCAACUCCCGGAACACCUCCAUGUUCAUGGCUGGGAACGUUGACUCCAUCAUAGUGGGAGGAGGCGACGGCAACGCGCUGUACAUCGACGGUGAGCUGAACCACGGACGCACAUCUCGCUGCACCACCUUUGACAACCCGCCUCUCUGCUCUAAUGAGAGCUUUCAGGUGGCCCUGCUGGAGGUGUGGGGCUUCCAGGAUGCCAUGGCUUCAGAUAGAUAAACACACAUCCCUCUCCGUCCAGCAAAUUCAUCGAAUUUCAUGUGAAAUUUGUAUUUAUUAAUGUGUAACAAUUUUUUUUUUUACCGAUUGAAUCUACAGAUCUUUUUGUUGAUUCUCAUUGAGAUUAUUUCUUUUUGGUUUUUGCUGAAUAGCAGCUCUGCUGUUAAAGUCUUUGUCUGGAAAUAUGAAAUGCUGUGGUUUUAUUACUAUAUUCACUUUAUAUCCACUUAUUAUUUUGUGCAAUCAGGUUUAUGCACCGAACCAACCGCCAAAAUUGUAUUUAGUUAGCCUGUAAGUCUUUGAACAGUCUAUCCAGCUGUCAUAAAACUGGGGUCUAUGACUAUGUAUUAUGCCAUGUAUUUGGUCUGUAUUUGGUAAAGCAUAUUGAGUUGUUUGGUCGUUGCACUCGAAAUAGCCAAGUUCAAGUAAUUCGGUUGUGACAAGCUGUGCCAGGUUUUGUAUUUCAUCAAGCUCAGUUGUACUCCCUCUAACUACAUAUCUUCUAUCCACCCACUAUAUCAGACUAACUGUGGUGCUGCUAGCAGAUGUUUGUGUGAAUUUAAUGUUUCAGUGUAUCCUAGUCCCAGGUCUGGUCAUGCUGUUUCUCCUUACAAUCUGCUAUGGUCAUUGUCAUUCCAGACAAUACAAUUGGCUAAGAAGCACAAACAGAUCUGGGAUCAGGCUAGUUUCAUUCGGAGGAACAAACCUGCCAUAAUUUUCAAUAAAUGAAGGAAUAAAUAAAUGCCCAGAUAACUAGAUAAAUCAAAUAAUGAGAAAGUAAAUACAGAAAUGCAAAUAGAAUGCUUUUUUUUCUACUUGUUUUUUUAAUGUAGUUAUUCACAAUUUCAAAUGAUUAAUUUAUAUAUUUAUGUAUUAAUUGACAUUAAUGCCAAUAUGCUGAUGAAGGGGUGUUAAUCAAACCUCUGUGAAAGAUAUUUAACACUUAAUUUGUUGAUCAAUGUAAAAGCUGGUUGCAUGAUUGCUUUGCAUGAUUUUAUUGGUCCAAAGAGUAACCAAUAGGCGGUUACAGUAGCCCAUUUCCUCCGACCAGUAGUAUGUUUGCAGUCCGAAUGUCCAGUGACUUGGCGGUGCUGCUGAACUUGAUUCAAAGUUUGCGAUGUGAUGAUUUGAACUGAACAACGGUGACCCAAAAGGUGUGCACCAUUCCUCACCAGACAUUGAGGUACGUUUGUGCUCAUUUGGUGGGUGUGGUGAGGACUUUAUUGAUAGGUCUGGGUUUGGUGAGGUGUGGCUUGAUAGGUCUGGGUUUGGUGAGGUGUGGCCUGACAAGUAAUGUUGUGGUGAGGUGGGGCCUGACAAAUCAGGGUUUGGUGAGGUGUGGCCUGACAAGUCAGGGUUUGGUGAGGUGGGGCCUGACAAGUCAGGGUUUGGUGAGGUGGGGCCUGACAAGUCGGGGUUUGGUGAGGUGUGGCCUGACAAGUAAUGUUGUGGUGAGGUGUGGCCUGACAAGUCAGGGUUUGGUGAGGUGGGGCCUGACAAGUCAGGGUUUGGUGAGGUGGGGCCUGACAAGUCGGGGUUUGGUGAGGUGUGGCCUGACAAGUCAGGGUUUGGUGAGGUGUGGCCUGACAAGUCAGGGUUUGGUGAGGUGUGGCCUGACAAGUCAGGGUUUGGUGAGGUGUGGCCUGACAAGUCAGGGUUUGGUGAGGUGGGGCCUGACAAGUAAUGUUGUGGUGAGGUGGGGCCUGACAAGUCAGGUUGUGGUGAGGUGUGGCUUGAUAAGUCAGGUUUGGGCCAUAGUCGCAUCACGCUAUAGUACACAAUCACCCUCUGAGCCUUUAUAGUCACACCAUUUUUCCACUGCUUUAGUACCAUACCAUUUCAGCUAUAUUUAAAUGUUGAAUGCCAUAUUGAACACAACCCUGGCAAAUGCCAAUGAGCAACACUCCAAAACAUUGAACAACCUAUAGUUUUAGAUAGCACCCAGUUCUGUUCACACCCCCUCAUCAGAUUGGAAAAAAUACAUACAUUUAUAAAUUAAAGGGGAGCUAUAACGUGUACAUUUUUGUAUCUUAGGGGUGUAGAAAGAAUUAUCAUAUUUGGUCUUAAAGAAUAAUUUAUUUUCUUUUAUAGCAGUGCGUUAUAUUGCAAGUGGUUUGAUUGUAUAUUGUGCAUUUACAGGUGCGCUUCAGCUUCUUUGCAGCACUUAGAACUGUUGUUACACUGCAAAAUUACAGCUGUUAAAAAUUUUAAACACUAUUUGCGACAUGCUGCAGUAAUACAGCAUUCUAACUGCAAUCAUUAAUAGAAAGGCUAUGAAGAACUGGAUAUGUGAUUAACUGCGUCCAGAAAUUAUACACAGAUUUACUCAAUAUAACUUUCAUCGUUCUAGUGUGUUAAUUUAUUAAUGUAUUUAUCUGUGUGCAUUUAUCUACUCAUGUAUUAUGUAUUAUUGCAGGUUUGGUCCUCAAUAUUUUGUGUGGCUGUUGUGCGCGUCUGUUAGUUAAAUGUAAAUAUUGUUCUUUAUAUAUGUUUUUGGACAGUGUUGUAAGGUGAGAUGAAGAACAUAUCCAGGUUCGUUUUAGUUACACAACUUGUGAUAAGCCUGUGUGUGAGUUCUGCAGUUUUCACCCCUCUUCAUUUACCCGUCCAUCUCUCUUUAUCCGUCCAUCUAGCUACAAGAAAUAUCAUCCAGAAAACCGUAGAGCAAGCUAUUGGGCAGACAUUCAACUCUAUAUCAUAACAUUUCUGUAUUGUGUUGAAAGUCCUCCAGUGAAGUAUCCAUAAUGAAAAAUAACAGAUGUAUCAUAUUUGUGGAAGUAAUACACUUUCAAGAAACAUA